CCGAGCCGAGAGCUGAGCCAGCCACGCCGCACGCCAGGUCCUGGGAACGGAGCAGGCGGGGCAGCGGCUGCAGCCGAGGCCUUUGUGGAGCUGGACCGAACGGGACUGGGGCACCCGGAAGCGCCUGCACAGCGCCGGGCGGGCGGCUGCAGCGAGGGGGCGCCGGGGGCACCCCGAGCCGGCGGCGAGGGGCUGGCAGGGAGCGGGGCCGUGCUCCCAGCGCGGGAGGAAAGUGAAAGUCAAGAAAUGUCUACCAAUUUAAAAUACCUUUCCUUGGGGAUCCUGGUCUUUCAGACCACUAGUUUAGUUUUGACUAUGCGAUAUUCUCGGACAUUGAAAGAGGAAGGACCUCGUUACUUAUCCUCUACUGCAGUAGUUGUUGCUGAAUUUUUGAAGAUUAUGGCCUGCAUUUUAUUGGUCUACAAAGAUAGCAAGUGCAAUUUACGGGCUCUGAACAGAGUGCUACAUGAUGAAAUUGUUAACAAGCCUAUGGAAACACUUAAACUUGCUAUUCCAUCAGGGAUUUAUACUCUCCAGAAUAACUUGCUGUAUGUAGCACUGUCAAAUCUAGAUGCAGCCACUUAUCAGGUCACAUAUCAAUUAAAAAUUCUUACUACAGCAUUAUUUUCUGUGUCCAUGCUAAGUAAGAAAUUAGGUGUAUACCAGUGGUUAUCGUUAGUGAUUUUGAUGACGGGAGUUGCAUUUGUACAGUGGCCCUCAGAUUCUCAAUCAACAACAACUAAAGAGUUGUCAGCAGGAUCUCAAUUUGUUGGUCUUCUAGCAGUCCUUAUAGCCUGCUUUUCAAGUGGAUUUGCUGGGGUUUAUUUUGAGAAAAUUUUAAAAGAAACCAAACAGUCUGUCUGGAUCAGAAACAUCCAACUUGGAUUUUUUGGUAGCAUAUUUGGAUUGAUGGGUGUGUACAUAUAUGAUGGAGAACUUCUGUCAAAGAAUGGAUUUUUUCAAGGAUAUAACAAACUUACCUGGAUAGUUGUAGUUCUACAGGCACUGGGGGGCCUUGUGAUUGCUGCCGUUAUAAAAUAUGCAGACAAUAUUUUAAAAGGAUUUGCAACAUCUUUGUCAAUUAUAUUGUCAACAUUGAUCUCCUAUUUCUGGCUGCAAGAUUUUGUCCCAACCAGUGUCUUUUUCUUUGGAGCCAUUCUUGUGAUAGCAGCUACAUUCCUAUAUGGUUAUGAUCCAAAACCUGCAGGAAAUCCUAUCAAGGCAUAGCAGAUUUCAUUAUCAGCCUGUUUCUCAAGACUCUGCAUUAGGGACCUCAACAAGAAUUCCGUAUGAAAGAUUUCAUCAUGCACUGGAAGGAAAGGAUCAAUACACUGAAUCUGAGCAAGAACAUGUUAAUGGUUUUGGAGAACCAAAGGGUUAAAGACAGAAAAUAAUGUAUGUAAAGCUGAUGAAAAAAAUUAAAGGGGAAAGCCUAAUGCAAGUUGCUAAUAAAAACUUGAAAGGAACAAAAUGUUUCCAAGUAACUACAAUUAGGAAUGUUUACAGCUUGAACUUGAGGUUAUAUUAGAUGAUUUUACUGUUUUGAUUGUUGCAGAAAUGUAUUCUAUGCACUCUUUGCAAGAGCACAUGACAAUAUUUGUCAGACUGUAUCUGUUUUUGCAAAUUGAUUAUAUUUAAUGUUAGUAAAUGUGUUUUUAACUGUUUGUCUAUAGAGAUGAAAUUGAAUAUAAUGGAUCUGAUUAGGGGUUCCUUAUUAAAGCUGUGAAAACUGUGAUUGAAAGACAUUUUCACACAUAUCCAAGAUUUUUAUAUUUAUGGAUGGCUGAUUUUAAUAAACAGAAAUCUGAAUUCUGUUGCUUAACUAUAUAAAGUUAUUACAAGGUCAAGGUUCUGACUUAAAUCUGUAAAAGAGAGAAAUUCAGAAUUAGGGCUAAACAUUCCAACUUUAACUAAGGUGAUCACUAGUAUUAUAAGCCAUCUAAUAACUCUGCAUGAACACACACCAUAGGUUCCAGCAAUAACCCGGCACAAUGGCAUUGGUGUUAAAGAUGGAGUGCUUGCUUGGGUAACAUUCAUUCCUUUAUCCCUAUUGGUAUAAAUCAACUUCUUAGUAUUACAUUAAAGUAGCUUUUAUGGUUUGUUUCCUUUGGAAAUGUUUUUUAAAAUUGUGAUUUUAAAAA